AUGACCAUAUUCUUGGCGUAUACAUUUUCUUCCUCACCUCUUUCGCUAUUGACCAUUAUGCAGGCAGAGAUCCCCGGACAAAUUCAGGAUGGUUACGAUGCAGUACCCAAUUUCUUCCACGAAAUUCAUCAAGUGCGUACCCCUCAUUUCUCUCUCACAUCAUUCAUUAUAGCAUUCUCAGAUUUCCUGUCCACAAGCUCGACAGCACCCUGGGUGUCUCAAAAGCCUCAGGUUCACUAUGACGAGAACUCCUCGUUCGACUCCUCCGAGGCUCCACCUGCACCACCCACCACCUUACUACCUUCAAAACUCACCUACGACGCCUAUUCACCCUGCCACCCCAUCAUCCGAUGCCACCUGUCGUCGACGUUCCUUUGA